AUGAAACCCUUUUCUUUUAUGGUCAUUCUAGCAGUAGCUUCUCAUGCCGAUGCAGGAGCUUGCAACAGCGGAAUUAACGCGGUCGCUGUGCCGUUGCUGAAGGGAUAUCCCCCGGCACAGUCUUUUUGCAGCGCAAAAUACCCCCUACCACCCACGACUGUAACAGCAAAGGUCAAGCGUCGAGCAUUGUCUACCACAACGACAAAGUCGACGACCACGAAAUCACCGCUGAAUCCAACCACAACCCUAAAGACCACCACAACGACUCAAGAUGCCAAGGCCUUGCAAUGGUCGUCCAUUCUUUCACAGGCCGGCGCUGCCAUUUCGACUUUCUGCUCUUGCAUCGAGACACCCGUAACCAAGACAGUAAAUCCGACAACAACGACGACGCCGACCACCACCACUACCACCACUACUACCACCACCACCACCACCACCUUCACUAUACCGACAACGACGCCAACAACAACCACCAGCACCACGACCACUCCCAUCUGCGUGCCGUCGGGCGGCGCCUGCGACGGCUCCUUGCCGUGCUGCAAUGUCGGCAGCAUCCAAUGCUAUUUCGGACAGGGAGAUGUCCUAGGAACGUGCCGGACUGGAGCACCAACCACGCUUGACAAACGGCAACCACUCCCCACCAAUGUUGUCCGAGGAGGUAUCGGAUACGGUGGAGCUAUGGCUUAG